AUGCUAUGUUUGCAUUUCUAAUUCAUCAAUAGUUUCCAGUCGGCUCUGCAUUGCGAAGAGAAAAAAAGAGAGGUCGUUAAAGCAACAGUAAAAUAUAAUGGCAGUUUCAAUGUCACAAGAUGUAUCAGUGACGAGAGCGUCCUACGAAAUUUGCUAUUUAUUAGGAAAACAUAUGAAGCCAUUUACUGACGCUGAGAUUGUAAAGGAAUGCUUUAUAAAUGCUUCGAAUAUUUUAUUUAAGAAGUUCGGCAAUAAAACUCACAUAAUAUCACAAAUCAGACAACUACAACUCUCAGAUUCCACGUGCGCCAGGCGAAUUGAAGAUAUUUUGAAACAUAUUUUUAAUCAUAUCAUCAACGACUUGAAGAAUUGUAAAUAUGUAUUGGAGUUUAGCAUUUGAUUCAAGUAUUCAAUCACUGAUGUUUCAUCAACUUCACAAUGUUCUCGUUUUAUACGGUACUGUACUGACGAUUAUGGAAUUCGUGAGGAUUUUCCCAAAUUUCAUCGGAAGAAAGGUAUACCAAAGGAAGUGAUUACAUUGAUGUUAUUUGUACGUUUUUGGAAAAAAAUAGCAUUGACGUUAUAAAGAUGGUAUGUGUAUGCAUAGAUGGAUGUCCGUCUA